AUGGAGGCGGUUUCCCAGCGGUCACGAGUGGCCGCGCGCCGCGUUGUCCGCUCCGCCGGGACGGAUGCUGACCGCCGGAUGGGGGGCAGCGGGGCGGGGCGCUCAGGCCCAGGCCGGCUGGGGGCCUGCGUGCUGGCGGCUGCCCUAGUCUGGCUGCGCUUCCUGCCGCUGCACGCCCAGUCCGGCUCCCCCCUGUCGUCCGAAUGUGGGAGGAGCGCAGCCACCGGAGGGUCCAAGGGGAAGAUCUUUGGUGGCCAGAAGGCAGGGCCUGAACGGUGGCCGUGGCAGGCCAGCCUGCUCCUCCAAGGCCGGCACAUCUGUGGAGCUGCCCUCAUCGACAGCAACUGGGUGGCCUCCGCAGCCCACUGCUUCCAAAGGUCCUCUAACCCUUCCGACUACCGGAUCCUGCUGGGGUACAACCAGCUAAGCCGUCCCACCCAGCACAGCCGGCAGAUGACCGUGAGCAAGCUCUUCAUCCACCCAAGCUUUGGCAAGCGCCACUACAUGUCGGACGACAUCACCCUGCUGCAGCUACAUCGGUCUGUGAAUUUCUCCUCCCACAUCCGCCCCGUCUGCCUCCCAGAGUCCAAGGCGGUUGUGCCCGAGAUGGCGUCCUGCUGGAUAACUGGCUGGGGAAUGAUCACUGAGGACGAGUUCCUGUCUGAGCCCUUGCAGCUGCAGGAGGGAGAGGUUGGCCUCAUAGAGAACCAGUUUUGCGGGAACUAUUUCCCUUCAGACCCCAGCGGCGGCCCCAGCAAUACCUAUGAGAUCCACGACGAGAUGCUGUGCGCUGGGGACCUCAUCAACGGCAAGUCCAUCUGCCGCGGAGAUUCCGGGGGACCCCUCGUCUGCAGGGUGAACAGCACCUGGUUCCUGGUGGGGCUGUCCAGCUGGAGCCUGGACUGCCGCAUGCCCAUCAGCCCCAGCGUCUUCACCAGGCUCACCUACUUCGCCAACUGGGUCAAAGAGAAGAAGGCGAGUGCACCAGCGCCCGACCUUGCCGUGGCCCCUCCGGAGCAGAAGCCCCCGUCGCUGAGCGGCCCGUCUUCUCUGGGCACGGUCCACAGGCCCGGGAGCUGCAUGGCCCUCGGGUCUUCGCAGACCUUGCUCCUGCUGCUGGGUUUCCUCAGGAGCCUGUGACAUGUUUCCUGCUCUGGGCUCUCCUGUCCUUCUGAGGCUGCCCCUGUCCAAGCCUGAGAAAAUAAAAACAACCGA